AUGGGUUUUUCAAAUUUCUUUAUUUUCCUUCUUUUGAUUGCAUUUGCAUCUUAUUUGAUGAAGCCAAGUUGUGGAAAUGCAGAGUUAAGAGCAUUAAUGGAUAUAAAGUCAUCUUUGGACCCAGAAAAUAAGUACUUAUCUUCUUGGGUCAGUGAUGGGGAUCCGUGCAGUGGGGAAUUUGAUGGUGUGGCAUGUAAUGAGCACCGGAAAGUGGCUAAUAUUUCACUGCAAAGUAAAGGGCUCACCGGAAAAGUGUCGCCAGCGGUGGCGGAGCUUAAGUGUUUGUCGGGCCUUUACUUGCAUUACAAUUCAUUGACUGGAGAAAUACCCAAGGAGAUUGCUAAUCUCACUGAAUUGGCAGAUCUUUAUCUCAAUGUGAAUAACCUCUCUGGUACUAUACCGCCGGAGAUCGGACGCAUGGCUAGUCUUCAAGUGCUGCAGCUAUGUUGUAACCAGUUAACAGGAAGCAUACCUAAAGAGAUGGGGUUCUUAAAAAAGUUGAGCGUUCUUACAUUGCAACACAAUAGACUAACAGGGAAAAUUCCUGAAAGCCUAGGAAAUUUGGGAGGACUUAAGAGGCUAUAUUUGAGCUUCAAUCGACUAUCCGGUCCAAUACCAGUUAGAUUGGUGAAUGUUCCCCAAUUGGAGGUUUUAGAUGUGCAAAAUAAUAACCUUUCUGGAGUUGCGCCUUCUGCUUUGAGGAGGUUGAAUGGAGGAUUCCAUCCUGAAAACAACCCUGGUCUAUGUGGGGUUGGCUUUUCUUCAUUGCGAGUUUGCACUGUUUGGGAUAAUCUAAACAUCAAUCAAAUUGAACCAAAUGUACCAAGUACAACUGUUCCUCGAAAUAUACCCCAAUCUGCUAGUUUUCCAAUUCCUUGCAACCAACCUCAUUGCUCAAGAUCCGCAUCAAAAUUACCACAAAUAGGCAUUGUAGCUGGUGUAAUUACAGCCAUAAUAGCAUUGAUGGUCGGGGGAUUUCUCGUUGUUUUCCGGUAUCGUAGGUGUAAACAGAAAGUUGGGAACACAUCUGAUACUUCCGAUGACCGGCUUAGCAUCGACGAGGCAAAAGAAGUCUACAAGAAAAGUCCCUCUUCUCUUGUCGAUAUCAAGCAUUCUAAUGGAUGGGAUGUUGCAAUGUCUUCUCAAGAUUGCAACGGUAUAUGUCACGAGUUUCUAAAUGUCUUUAAGUUUAACUUGGAAGAAGUUGAAUCAGCAACUCAACAUUUCUCAGAGGUGAAUUUAUUGGGAAGGAGUAAUUUUUCUGCUGUGUACAAGGGAAUUCUGAAAGAUGGUUCACGAGUAGCGAUCAAAAGUAUAAGCAAGAUGAAUUGUAAGACAGUUGAAGCCGAGUUCAUUAAAGGAUUAAGCUUGUUAACGUCUCUGAAACACGACAAUCUUGUUAAAUUGAGAGGUUUCUGUUGCUCGCAGGCCAGGGGCGAAUGUUUUCUAGUCUAUGACUUUGCUUCAAAGGGUAAUUUGUCUCAGUAUCUUGACAACGAGGAUGAUAAUAUCGAUGUCCUUGACUGGCCGACAAGGGUUUCCAUCAUCAAUGGGAUUGCAAAAGGUAUAGAGUAUUUGCACAGCAACGAACCAAACAAACCUCCCACCAUUCACCGAAACAUAUCAGUGGAGAAAGUCCUUGUAGACGAACAACUCAACCCGUUAAUAUUGGAUUCUGGUCUUUUGAAGCUCCUUGCCGAUGAUGUUGUUUACUCAGCCCUCAAAGUCAGCGCUGCAUUUGGAUACAUGGCUCCUGAGUACAUAACUACCGGUCGUUUCACAGAGAAGAGUGAUGUUUAUGCAUUUGGAGUGAUCAUCCUGCAAGUCCUCUCUGGCAAACGAAAACUCGCAAGCCUAACAAGACUUGCAGCUGAAGCUGGAAAAUUGGAAGAUUUUGUUGACUUGAAACUCAAGGGCAAGUUCUCUGAGUCAGAGGCAGCCCAGUUGGCAAAAAUUGCUCUCGACUGCACCCAUGAGCUUCCAGACAGUAGACCAACCAUGGCAUCAGUGGUUCAAGAGCUGAGCAAGCCAGGCGAUGUUAUUUAG